GACAGCCGACAUCAUAUCAGUCGCCAUCUUUGCUUCAAUCUUUCAAUCGCACUACGGAUUUGCGGGCGUUUCAUCGCCGUUUUUUCAAUGUAUUGCUCAAAUAAUUCGUUAUUGUUCUUGUCGAAAGCAACGUAAAAAUUUCAGAAAUCUCGCGUAACAGUUAAGUGUAAAAAUGAGCUUCUUUGGAUUCGGUCAAACGGCGGACAUCGAAAUACAUUUCGAUGAUGCUGACAAACGAAAGGUUGCUGAAGUGAAGACGGAUGAAGGCAAAAAAGAGAAGUUGUUACUAUAUUACGACGGUGAGACUGUCUCCGGCCGCGUGAAUGUCACUUUAAGGAAGCCAGGAUCAAAACUGGAACAUCAAGGUAUCAAGGUCGAGCUUAUAGGUCAGAUUGAAUUGUUCUACGACAGAGGUAAUCACCAUGAAUUUAUAUCGUUAGUGAAAGAAUUGGCCCGUCCUGGUGAUUUAUUACAGCAUACGUCGUAUCCUUUUGAGUUUGCUAACGUUGAAAAGCCGUACGAAGUGUACACAGGCGCUAAUGUCAGACUGAGGUACUUCCUGCGAGCGACAAUAAUACGCCGCCUCACAGACAUAAUAAAAGAGGUGGACAUUGCUGUUCACACGCUAUGCAGCUACCCGGAUGUGCUUAACUCGAUAAAAAUGGAAGUAGGCAUAGAAGACUGUUUGCACAUAGAGUUUGAAUAUAACAAAUCAAAAUAUCACCUGAAGGAUGUUAUAGUAGGUAAAAUCUACUUCCUUCUUGUUCGUAUCAAAAUUAAACAUAUGGAAAUAUCGAUUAUUAAAAGAGAAACAACUGGAUCUGGGCCUAACACUUUCACAGAGAAUGAGACAGUUGCUAAAUAUGAAAUAAUGGAUGGGGCUCCAGUUAGGGGGGAGAGCAUUCCUAUUAGAGUGUUUUUAGCUGGUUAUGACCUCACACCCACAAUGAGGGACAUUAAUAACAAGUUCUCUGUGAGGUAUUAUUUAAAUUUAGUCCUAAUGGAUACAGAGGAUCGCCGUUACUUCAAACAACAAGAAGUGACGCUGUGGAGGAAGAGUGAUAAGUCUAGACUGCCAUUACACAACCCACACAUCCCACAGACAUUGUCACAUCCGGCCCACACAGCUACUCCGAGACAACUGAGUGCUUCAAGUGAAGAUAAUUCUGCUAGAGGUGUAUCACCAUUGCAUCCAGAGAACUCUGUUCAAAGGUCUGUUUCACCAUCUGCAGUGGAGGAGGACAAACAGAAUGGCCCUAGUGAAAUGGAGCGAGAGAAACCUGAUGUAAUAACAAACAAGUUAUCAAAUGCUCAUAUUCAUAAUGAGAUAGAGGAUACAAGUGAACAACCUGGUGAACCAAUUGAUGAGAAGCCUGUGAUUGUAGAAAAACCGUUAGUAGCGGAAAAACCAACAAUAUCUGAGAAACCUCAGAUAGCUGAGAAGCCACAGUUAGCCGAGAAACCUGUACUAAACCGAGAUACUGUGGAAGCUAAUCCAAGUCAAUAGCCGAUAUGCACAUGCUCGGUGGGCCUGACGGCUCCCGACGAGUUGAACUGUAUGUUUUCUUACUCAAGAACAAUUGUUUAGAGAACUGUAACUGUAAUUCACAUUACUGAACAUGUAUAUGUAGUACUACACAUAUUAUUUUUAUGUUGAGCAUAUUUA